GUAGUGAAGAUCUUGUUACGGAACGGUGCGAAUCCAGACUUGCGCGAUGAAGAGGGUAAAACGGCAUUGGAUAAGGCACGUGAACGCAGUGAAGAAGGACAUCAACAGGUUGCAGCCAUUCUCGAAAGUCCAUCCACUUAUAUGCAUAGUGAUGAGCAAGCAAAAUCCCAGCAGAAUAAAGCUGAAGAUAGUAGUAAAACGACCGCAAAUGAGAGCAUUGAUAAAGCGUUGAUUCGAAAUUUGCUCGAGCAAGUGAUUCCGAUUCUUUGUGAUGUUUUUCAGGUUCGUUCCUGUGAUAGUUGGGGAUUUUUUUAG